GUCCCCAUAACACUCCCUCAACUCAGCAACAACAAUUGCUAUAACAUAAAACUUAGAUUUGAGUCACUGAAAACAUCAAAAGCCAUAUGGAUUGGUUCCUAAAAUCAUCGGAAGCCAUGUCCAACCUUAAUCCAUUCAACAUCACCAUCUUACUCAUCCUCCCACUAACAACACUUCUUUUCGUUUUGCUACAUCGUACUCGUCCAAGAGCACCGUAUCCACCGGGACCAAAGGGUUUGCCCAUCAUAGGAAACAUGUUGAUGAUGGACCAGUUAACCCACCGCGGUCUUGCCACCCUCGCCAAGCAAUUCGGCGGCGUUUUCCACCUCCGCAUGGGCUUCCUCCACAUGAUAGCCAUCUCCGACCCCGACGCGGCACGUCAGGUUCUCCAAGUCCAAGAUAAUAUCUUCUCCAAUCGCCCCGCCACCAUCGCCAUCAGCUACCUCACCUACGACCGCGCCGACAUGGCCUUCGCACACUACGGCCCCUUCUGGCGCCAGAUGCGCAAGCUCUGCGUCAUGAAACUCUUCAGCCGAAAGCGCGCCGAGUCCUGGCAAUCCGUGCGCGACGAGGUCGACGGUGCAGUCCGCUCCGUCGCGGCUUCCGCCGGAAAAGCCAUCAACGUCGGCGAGCUCGUGUUCAACCUGACGAAAAACAUCAUCUACCGUGCGGCCUUUGGGUCGAGCUCCCAGGAGGGACAGGAAGAGUUCAUUGGGAUUCUGCAGGAGUUUUCGAAACUCUUUGGCGCUUUCAACAUCGCGGAUUUUAUACCCUACCUCGGGCGCGUGGACCCGCAGGGGCUCAACGCGCGCCUUGCUAGGGCUCGCGGCGCGUUGGAUAGCUUCAUAGAUAAGAUCAUUGAUGAGCACGUAGAGAAGAAGAAGAAUGGGAAGGGUGUCUGUGAUGGAGAAGCGGACAUGGUGGAUGAGUUGCUCGCGUUCUACACCGAAGAGGCCAAGUUGAACAAUGAACCUGAAGAUUUGCAGAACUCUAUCAGACUCACUAAGGAUAACAUCAAAGCUAUCAUUAUGGUAUCUAUGGAUCCCUUUUUAUUUAUUUUUUUAUAAAUUUCUUAUUUUUAACACAUCAAUAUUUUUUU